ACAUAACCUCACAUUUGUAGUAAUGUCAGUGGAUAAACACAUGUUUUUCACGGGACGAAAGCAGCUCGAUUUUUAGUGUUUGUAGUGAAUAAAUUUAUAUAAAAUGCGCAUAGAAACGUGCUAUUUUUGCUCCUCAAAAAUCUACCCAGGCAAGGGCGUACAAUUUGUACGAAAUGACUGCAAAGUCUUCAAAUUCUGCAGAUCAAAAUGCCACAGGGCUUUUAAGAGGAAGAAGAACCCACGCAAGACCAGGUGGACAAAGGCAUACAGAAAGACAGCUGGGAAGGAGCUCACAGUUGAUCCGAGCUUUGAAUUCGAGAAGCGCCGGAACAUUCCUGUGAAGUACAACAGGGAACUGUGGAAUCGCACACUGGACGCCAUGCAGAAGAUUACAGAGAUUAAGGAACGCCGUGAGAGGCACUUUGUCAUGGAGCGCCUGCGAAAGGGCACUCAAGUUGAAAUUGAGAUGGAUGUCAAGGAUGUUCAGAGGAAUAUGGCACUCAUUCGAUCCCCAGCGGCUGGUCUGCGCGAAAGGAGGGCCAAAGAGAAGGAACUGGAGGAUAGUCAGAUGGAUCUGGAGGAAGAAGAGAUCACCUAUGUUCCGGCCAAGGAGCUCGAGAAGCAACUCGAGGAAGAGGCAAUGGAAGACACCCGCGAGAUGAUGAUGGAGGCAUAAAUAAUGGUUUGUGUACAAUUUGCUGAAAAUUACAUUUCUAUCUGUCGAUUGAAAUUCCUCCUGAUCAA